UGUUUUGCACACAUUGUCGUCCGCUGUAUUUCCAGUUUUAGUUUUGCAAAGUUAUUUUGGUUGUUUUAUUGUAAUGCAUGUGUUAUUGGUGGAUGAUUUAUGAAUGUAUAAAUUUCUAAAUACCCCUUGAAUCCCAUUUGAAAAUCAUUUAAACACACAUUUGAAUCCUCCAUUCCUGUCAAGAUAAUAUUUGUUUCUUAAAAUAUCAAGGGCAAACAUGCUAUCUGGAAGAACCAUAUUAAAGCCUGUGACAUACUUACCUUAUAUAGCAUUGCAAAGAGGCAGAGUUCGUCUGCUACCAAAAGAAUAUUAUGAUGAGUAUGAGACACCUUAUAUGAAAGCUAGAAGGCCUGGUAGAAUAUUUGUAACAGAUUUUUAUGCAUUUUUUCACCAGAAAGACCUAAUACUUGCUGCAAAAAACUGGUAUAAAGAGAAAAAAUUUGAAGCUAUGCGGAAAGAUCAAAUGUACAUACCAGAUAGACAUAAAACUCUUGGCCCAGAUUUAGCAACAACACAUUUUAUUGCUCAUCGUGGUGGGAAAAUUAAGUUUAAAGGAAAAGAUUCCUGGUCAACAGUUGAUCAUAUUCGGAGUGGAGAAGUACCAAGAAAAUAUGAACCAGGGUAUCAUGUUGAAGAAUUGGAUGCAUCUGGUCUAAACAUAUGCUAUGAAGGUUUUGAAAAUUUACGUGAUUUGAUUUGGUUGAAAAAACUAUAUCUUCGUAAUUGUCCAAAUGUUGAUGAUUGGUGCCUUAGUCGAUCACAUUUAUUUGAAACUUCUUUGGAAUAUCUUGAUAUCAGUGGAUGCCAUAAUGUAACAGAAAGAGGCAUAUGUGCUUUGCAUGUUUUGAAAAAUCUGAGAACUCUAGUCUUGAAUGAUACACCAAAUAUAGGAAAUAAAGAGCUUGUAUCAUUAUUACUACAAGAAAUCAUCCCCAAAUGUGAAGUCAUUGGUGUAAAUUAUGAAGAUCCUACACUUUUAAAGAGGAUAGAAAAUUAUAUAUGAUGAAACUUUUGUGUACUUUUUAAAUAAAAAUUAAAAUAUGUAGGUUGCAUGCUCAGUGUAUAUAGGAUAAAAAAUUGUGUAACCUUUUACCAAGUCAUGUCAUUUUUCUCAUUUAAAUAAAUGCAAAAAUCUUUUAAAGACCACA